CGCAAGCUCGCAAAGCGAAAUCAUCUUUAGCUCUCUCGACAAAGUAACUCUGCUUGGAUAUUGAAACGCUACCAACUUUUGAAGAGUCAAGGACGAUGUCUUGUUUUUGUAUUUGCUUUUGGCGAUGUUUCAAAAACAGGCUUACAGAGAAAAAUGCUGAAAUUCUUAAGAAAAUCCUGUAUUAUAUCAGUAGUGCAGAUAAUCAAACUAAUGAACAGCUCAACUACGUAAUUCAGGAAAUAUACAUGGUGAUAUCGAAUGAAUAUACGGAUAGUACUAUUUUUCUUGAAAAGCUGAAAAGCACCAUAAUAAAGGGCAAACAAUUGCAUAAAUCCAGUCAUGAUAUUAAGAUCAAUAAUCAACAUUCGAAUACUACAAAAGGACAUAGGAAGUCGGAGAAUUGUUCUAUGCAAUCGUUUCCUCAGUCAGUAAAUAAUUCUAGUUCUCAAUUUUCAGAAUACAGAACUGAUGAGAAAAAUUAUGACUUUUCUCACUCCCAACUUCAGUUAGUUUUGAGAAUGGAAGGCAUCCGUGAUUGGCUCCAUUUAAUUGCUUCAUGUGGUCUAUUAAAUGAACUUGAUCCACCACUUCCACGUAUUUCUUCUAUAGAAAGGCAUAUACGGAUCGGAUCUUGGAACCUUAACCGCUUCGAUUUAAGUAAAGCUAAACAUCCAGGAUUCAUGGAAGUUGUUUGCCUGACCAUUUUACGAAUGAACGUCUCAUUAAUAUUGCUUCAAGAAGUCUCAGACCCUUUAGUUGCUGAUUAUCUGUGCAAUGAGCUAAAUUAUCCAUCUCUUCCCCACGUAAAACGAUGGGUUGAAAAAUUUCCUCUGUCUACUCCCCCGUACUGGAAAGCGUCAUGUUCGAUCCAACCAACUGGUUCCAUGUUCCGUGCAAAAGAGUAUGCCGUUUUUCUAUAUAAUUCUCGAUGUGGUAUUCGGAUUUCUCGGACAAGUUUAUUGGAAAAGUCUUCGAACUCAUUACCUGUUUCAAGAAAGUCGUUUACACGCAGUCCAUGUGGAGCCUCCUGCCAUGUAUGUAACAAAAGGUGUUUAAAAGCAGAUGCUAGUUUGAAAAAAUUUCCUUUGUUCAAUUUAAUAUGAAACCAUGUACCAUGAUUUUGGCUGACCUGAUUAAACUUAGUGAUUUACAAAUAUUUAAUUCUUCUCGUAGGCUCACUUUCCAGUACUGAAUUGCUUAUUUUUUCCAGCGUUUUAUUUUUGGUUUUUCUUAACCCUAUCGCCUGUAAUAUGCUAUACCUUUGUCUGUGUAAUUUCAUCUACUUUUCUUCUAUUCAACUACUUAUCAUUUUUAUGUUUUACAUAGUUUCUAAGUUAUUACUGAGUAACCUAUUUCGUCAUAAACUUGAGAAGUGUAUGUACGUAAUAUUCGAGAAACUUGAUUACAUCAUCAGCCCUUAUACAACAGAUGUUACCCAUAUCUCUUAGGAUACAUGUGUAUAUGUUUAUGAAGUGGCAUUUAUUUUUGUUCAUCAAUGAGCUAGUGAGGAUCAAAGGCAGUUAUUAUAUUAUUUUGAUAUGAUUAUUACACGUAGAGUCUUACUCUUGAAAUGUGUUAGGACAUCGUCACUCAUUUUGUAAAUAUGUACAACGCCACCAUCUGGACAUCAACCGCUAUGUACAUGGAUUGUUUUAAUUUACUUUCAGAUUCAACAUAUUAACUUAGUUCUCAUUUCAGUACAUUUGAAGGCAAGUGGAUUAAGAAAUAGUCAAAUUGGCAGGACUAUCUCAGAAAUUGAAUCUCUUGGUUAUCUUGUUCAAGCUUUUUAUGAAACACAACCUAGGGGAACAUAUCUCAUUAUAGCUGGUGAUUUCAACCUCUUCCCAACACAUGAAGGUUAGUUUAGAUCCAUAGUAAAUAGGAACUAUGUAACUGAUUAAAUCUCUCUGAAUAGACUUAGAAGUAAAUCAUAUGUAUUUUGUUAUGCGAAUUUUUCUACGUGAAAUAACUAGUGAAAGUUUUUCACAAUCUAACCGCGGAAUUUUAGUGAGACUGGCAAUUGUAAGCAAUUUAUUCUAUUUACGGACACAUCGCUUCACAUAAAAUGUAUUGCUAUGCAGAUGUUUGGGAAGUUAUUUGUUAAUACGUGGAUCUACAUAAAACAAUAUCCAUCUAAAAAACUCAGAAAAAAACCUAAAAUUCGGUUGUAACGCUGGUAUUCAUGGUCUUCAAGUUAAUCGUAGUCUACUGUUGUGAAUCGAUAGUGGUCAAACUAUUGAUAAGUUUUGUGACAGUAUCGAGAUAUACAGGUAGGUUCUGAAUUUUUCUUACAGCUUUUCCCUGAAUGUGCGUUACAGCUAGAAAUGACCCGUCUCUUACAAGUUCUCUUGUAUUACACUUAACUAGCUUCGUCAAUAAGGUGACGUUAUUUACAUGUUGUAAAGAAAUGCAACACCUAUUCACUUUGUAGUUUGUGUCCACCUAUUUUGUGAUAAUAAAUGAUUUUACUGGGUCGCAUAAACCUCAUAUAAAACAGAAUUUGAACACAACCCGAGCAGUUGAAAAUGAUAAUACUGAAUAACUGAAAUAAACCAGAUAUCUGGCGGUUGAUUUUCUUACUAAAACUUUCUUGGCAAGUACUUGUCGUCUUCAUUCAAAUAAAUAAAUUACGCUAUUUCCACGAAGUAAAUUGUUAGCAUAACGUUUUUAAACUUACUCUCGAGAGAUCACAUUUUACAGGGAAGAUAUUUUCUCACAUUUCCAGGAAACCAAGAACUCCAUGUUUAACUAAGAUAUAAUGAAAAUCAUAUCUGUUUCUGUAUUCUUAGGAACGACUAGUCUUAGUGCAAAGUAGAGUGUAGUGAAAUUUCAGGAACAAAGUCAAGUAGUCAAAAGUUAUGUAACAUUCUAGUAAAAAAUACCAUUGAGUCACUUUCUGAAGGAUUACAUUUAACCAACUAAAUGUAUUGUAUCGAUUUAGUAAUGGACACUAAUACAGUAAGAAUUUUUAUCAAUUAAACCAAGUUACUUGCACGCGUCAUAUGCAAACGUGGAGAGAUACAAAGUUUAAAGAAGAAUGUAGAGUUUCUACGGUUAUUGAAGUAAAUGUCAUUAUAGAUGUUGUCUAAAGAAUUCGCUGCUGAAAGACAUCCCUGGAGGUUUAAGGCUCUCACGACUGAUUUGUAAGCUACACUAUUUACGAUAAUUAACGCUUUGACAGGAAUAAAUUCACAAGAACUCUCUCAACACAACCUGAAUAUAUUCAUCAUUGCACGAGCCUCUAUCUGAAUAAUUCCAGCAACAGUUCAAAGUUAGUUUCAUAAUACCUACCUUAAGUAGCAAUUUUGGUUCUGUUGUAUUUACAAAUGAAUUAUUUUUAGCAGUAAUUAUUGUGUUAGAGAAGAAGCACAGUGUUUAUUACAACCACGUUUUAUAUGUAUUUUCGUUUUAUUGACUAGUAUUAUUUUUGAUAAAAAGAUUUUCUAAACUGUUAUCGAUUCAUCCUUCCCACAUUAUUGGAGGCAAUACUUUAAGAAUUUCCCAAUUACAUAAACGUAAUUGGAUCAAUUAAUCUUUUAUGCCAGUUAGAUGCAAGCACUCAGAUACUCCUGAGCCGUUAUGAAUUUGUAUUUAGUACACUUAUAGGUUCAUUAUUUACUUUCGCUUGUACAUAAUUUGAACAUUACGCAAAUAAUUUCCAUAAUUUUAAUUAAAGCUCUCAUCAUUGUUAAUUUAGAUUCGAUUUAUUUAUUGCCUCGUUAUGCUGAUUAUCUCUACUUGUUUAUUUAAAAGUUUAUCGGGUAUUACGUGAACGUGGUUUAUGGCCAGUACUCAAAGGUGAACAACAAACUACCAUGAAUUAUUCUAAGUCCAGAUCUAACCAUUUUAGAGCAUAUGACAAUGCAUGGCUUUCUGCUAACCUCUCUUUGACUUCUGAAUCGACUAUUCGUUGGACUGGUGAUUCUGGUGUCAUAUUAAAAGGGCUCAGACAUCCUUUAAUUCCGGAGGAAACAGGAAGUGGUGCAAAUGGUUUUGUUAGUGAUCAUGCUCCCAUAUGGUUUGAUAUUCACUUAACGUAACAAUAACCUGUAUUUAUGUAUAAUUUUUUAUUAACUAACUUAUGAUAACGUUGUACAUAUGUACUUAAUAAUAAAGAGCAUUUAUUUUGAUAGCU